AUGGACCUCGAGACUCGAAACGCCGAGCUGCAGUCAGAGGUUGACAACGCGACCCCGUCGUCGCUCGCACAGAAGAACAAGGACCCCGUGUCCUGGCUCCCGAAAGCCCCCUCACGGCAUACCCUCGAAUCACACCGGGCGUCCGUCACCUGCGUCGCCUUCCACCCGAGGUUUACGUCCCUGGCCUCGGGCUCCGAGGACUGCACGAUCAAGGUAUGGGAUUGGGAACUUGGCGACCUAGAACAGACGAUCAAGGGGCACACAAGGCCGGUGCUCGAUCUCGACUACGGCGGUCCAAAGACGGGUAUUCUGUUGGCUUCAUGCAGCUCCGACACGACGAUUAAGCUAUGGGAUCCAGCAGAUGGAUAUAAAAACAUACGAACGCUCUCCGGCCACGAACACAGUGUCAGCGCAGUACGAUUUAUUCCCUCUGGAGGCACCGGGUUCUUCUCCUCCGGAAACAUGCUGGUCAGCGGAUGUGGUGACAAGACACUCAAGAUUUGGGACGCCAACACGGGAUACUGCGUCAAGACGCUAAACGGCCACGCAGGCUGGGUUCGAGAUGUCUGCCCGUCCCUCGACGGAAACUACCUCUUAUCUACAGGCGGAGACCACACCGGAAGGCUAUGGGAACUCACAGUCGCGAACCCGGAAACAAAGGUCACCUUAAUAGGCCACGAGCACGUCGUCGGCUGCUGCGCGUUCGCCCCUCCCGCCGCAUACGAGCACCUGGCUGCUCUAGCAGGCCUCAAGAAGCCUCCUCCCGUGACCAGCACAGCAGAAUUCAUGGCGACCGGGUCGCGCGACAAGACGAUCAAGCUAUGGGAUACCCGUGGCAACUGCAUCAAGACUCUCGUCGGUCACGACAACUGGGUUUCGGGCGUCAUGUUCCAUCCGGGAGGCAAGUACCUGCUCUCCGUGGCGGAUGACAAAUCGCUGCGAUGCUGGGACCUCAGCCAAGACGGCAAAUGCGUACGGACGCUGUCGAGCGCCCACGAACAUUUUAUAUCUUCCCUCAGGUGGGCUCCGGCCAAGCCCAAAGAUGGUCCCACGGGCAACGGCACGGCGCACAACGAAAGCGAGGCCGCGCCUAGGAGGGCGGUCGCUGCAGUAGAUGUAUCAGAGAUUCGCUGUGUCAUUGCGACGGGCAGCGUUGACAUGACGGUCAAGAUAUGGGCGAACUAG